AUCUCUCUUACCUACCGUCCCUCUCCCUAAUGUAGUUCACAGGCCAUGGCUCCAUCUAAACCUCUCCAUCUCUUUUUAAUUUUAACGGUCACGAUCAAUCUCUGCUCUGCCGAGUUACCUUCUUUUCGAGAAGCGCCGGCAUUUCGAAACGGUAGAGAAUGUCCCAGAACGACAUGGUCAUCCCUCGACAAACAUAUCCACAACCCUUCCAUUAUCCACAUCGCCAUGACCUUAGACACCGCUUACCUCCGUGGAUCCGUCGCCGGAGUCUACUCCGUCCUCCACCACGCCACUUGUCCCGAGAACAUCGCCUUCCAUUUCAUCACCACGCACAGCCAUGGCGCUAAACUAACGCGCGCCAUUACCACCACAUUUCCUUACCUCAAUUUCCACAUCUACUACUUCAACACUAACCUCGUCAAAGGAAAGAUCUCGACCUCCAUCCGACGUGCGCUAGAUCAGCCUUUGAAUUACGCUCGUAUGUACUUGGCUGAUCUUCUUCCGGCUGGAGUCCGCCGGAUCAUCUACUUUGAUUCUGACCUCAUCGUCGUCGAUGACGUCAUUAAUUUAUGGAGCAUCAAUUUGAGAGGUCACGUAUUGGGAGCUCCCGAGUACUGCCACGCCAACUUCACCAACUACUUCACCUCCAAAUUCUGGUCGAACCCGGUAUUUACGGCGCCGUUCAAAGGGAGAUCGAGAAACCCGUGUUACUUCAACACUGGCGUUAUGGUAAUCGAUUUGUGGAAAUGGAGAGAAGGGAAAUACACGGAGAAAUUAGAGAACUGGAUGAAGAUUCAGAAACGAUAUCGUAUCUACGAGCUUGGUUCUUUGCCUCCAUUUUUGUUAGUUUUCGCCGGUGAGGUGGAAGGGAUGGAGCACCGAUGGAACCAGCACGGGCUCGGCGGUGAUAACUUGGAAGGCUUAUGCCGGGCUCUUCACCCUGGUCCAGUUAGCUUGUUGCAUUGGAGCGGUAAGGGAAAGCCAUGGCUCAGGAUCGAUUCGAAGAAACCUUGUCCGUUGGAUUCCUUGUGGGCUCCUUACGAUCUGUUUCGUUAUCCGUCUUUGUUCUCCGACAGCUAAUGUUCAUCGAAAAUUUCGUUAAAGAAUGAGGACACGUGUAAAAAUAAGAAAUCACCUUGCAACCUGCUCGAUAAGUGAAAAUAUGGAGUUACCAA